AUGCUUCUCACCCUCGGGACCCCUGCUGGGUUUACCCGAAGAAUCCUCUCACCAGUAGGUGAAGACUUUCUGCAACUUAGAAGAUUGCGUUCCUCAUCUGGCUGUGCUUUUCCUUUAGACAGAUCUGUUUCUUUGAUGAGAAACUAUGCUUCCAAUGUUGUUAUUUCUGAUUUAAGUCUGAAGGUGAAGAGUUUAACUUCGAAGCGGUGUUCUCUAGAGUUGCCCGACUUUUCUCAACCACCAGAACCGCCUGACCCACCGGACCCUCCACCGGAACCACUGGAUGUUCCCCCUUUGAAGACUCCGGCCUCUUUACCCCUCGACAUGACUUAUCCUCCCUCGCCGGCUAUCUCUAUAGAUCUGUGGGGUGGAACUUUUCCGAGCAGAUCUCGUAGUUCGCUUCUCCACCUGCCAAAGUCCUCUAUCACAGCUAAGUGCCUCUUCCCUGAAAGUAGAGGCCAAAGGAAUUGCAGGCAAGACUCCGACGAAGAAUCGUCCGAGCAAUACCGUUCCACCGACAUUCCACUCUCCAAUCUUCACGGAGUGAACUCUUCCACCAAAACUCCUCUCCAGGAGAGGUACUCUUCAAGCUUAACGCAGAGUCAAUUUUUGCUUGAAGUUUGCAGUCCCGUUGCCUUGUUACAAAAGGUGAAGCAAACCUCCUCAUGUUGGGACCAUGAGAGAUCGUUUUUCCCCCUUCCUCCUCGUUGUAGGAGAGAACUCUUCCAUCAAAUCGUCCUCACAACACUCAGCGACAACGACUUCGGUCUUAUCGCCCCUAAUGGCAGAAGCCUUGGCGGUUCGUUCAGCCAUAAACUUUGCCCUAUCUCACCGUUUCGACUUCGUAUGGCGGAUUGGGGACCUGUGGUGGUCGCUGUGAUACUGUUCGUGCUUCUGACUCCGGGACUUCUCUUUCAGAUUCCGGCGAGAGGUCGUGUCAUUGAAUUCGGAAAUAUGCACACUAGUGGCGCAUCGAUUCUCGUCCACACCAUCAUUUACUUUGGUCUCAUCACUAUCUUCACUAUUGCUAUUCGUGUUCACAUCUAUACCGGCUAAUUCUACCGUACCGGAUUUGUAAUUUUUACGGUUGUCUUGUUUACCGUUGUUCUUUAGACCGGUUUGUUUUAAAAUUUACUAUUGGUCCUCUGGCUUUGUUUAUGCUUCGCGGUGUGUAAAAACAUCUUUGAUUAAGUUUAAAUAUUCAAAAUCUA